GUCCGAACUGAAAACUAGAUUCCGUGACUUUCGUGGUAGACGUGCUAACAGCAACAUAUCAUGCCUUUAAUAAUAAUCACCGGUCUUCCGGCCAGCGGGAAGUCAAGGCGAGCCGCUCAACUGUUGAAACUCUUUGAAGAUCGUGGCAAAUCCGUGCGCUUAGUGUCCGAAUGGCAGUGCAUUCAGUUAGCCGGAUUCGACAAAAAUGAGUACUUCAGUGAUUCGCAGAAGGAGAAAUUGUUAAGAUCCAAUGUAAAGUCGGAAACACUGAGAAUGCUCAACAAAGACGAUGUUAUAAUUGUCGAUGGAGGAAACUAUAUCAAAGGAUAUCGCUAUGAGAUUUUCUGCGCCAGUAAAUCAUCACGAACAACCCAAUGUACAGUUUAUUGUGCAAUCACGAAAGAUCAGGCCUGGCAUUUUAAUGAAACAAGGGACGAGGAAAGGGAAAAAUAUCGUGAGGAUGUUUUCGAUGCGCUUUGCCUGCGAUACGAGGAGCCACAACAUAACAAUCGAUGGGAUAGUCCACUAUUUUCAAUUUUUCCUGAAGAGGAGUUAGAUGAAGCCAACAUCUAUAAUGCGCUCUUCGAAGCGAAAGCUUUGGUGCCGAACUUAUCAACACAAAAUCCUCCGCUCAGUUCAACGAAUUUUCUCUUCGAAAUGGAUAAAACAACUCAAGAAGUUAUCGAUCAAAUUCUAUCGGCGCGAAAACUGGGUAUGAUAGGUCCAGUAAAAAUAAGCGAAACAGCCGACCUACUGGCGGAUGUCCCAUCCGACAUGAAUGCUUCGCAGUUGAACCGUUUUCGACGACAAUUUCUCAAUUACAUGAAGUUGCACACGACGGCAACCGUUACAAUCGACAAGAUUCCCGCUAUGUUUGUACAGUUUUUGAACUCAAAUUGUAAAUAAAUGCUAUGAAGUGCGCCUGUCCUAAUCGGUGUCGUCGGGUUUCUGACAAACGAAAUAUAUGCUCUUGUAUUCACUUUGAUGCAUCGAGUUAGGGUUCUGGGCGUACUUUGUAUUGACGUCGGUUUUGUUUUUC